CAGUACGUCGCUGUCGGCUAUACUUUUACUUUUAAUUGUACUGGUUUACUGUUCGAUAUUCUCUGCUGCAAGAAUCAGUACAUAUAUAUAGUUUCAAAAUUUUCAAGAAAGUGAGUGACAGUGGAUGUUUACAAAUUUUCCAGGAUCAUGCAAGUUUAACAGGAAAAUUGUGUAAACAUGGCUACAGAGAGAAUACAAAGUGUGUCAAUGGUAAAGACAUCAUCUAGUGAUUUCCAGCCUCUUGUUAUUAUACAGUUUCCAACUUCUUCUAAGCAAGCAGCAAUAGAAUGGUUAGUUGCCAAACUACAGGCCACCAGGGCCUCAGGAGGAGCUGAAUUAGAGGUGUCUACUGUUGUCAUGCAUCAUAAUCAGGAAACAGUUUUGUAUGUAGGGGGCACCACUGAAAGGCUGUUGCUAGGAGCAGAUAUGAUGGAUAUGGAGAAGAAGUAUGGGGAUGGAAAUUACAGAGAAUUCUCAAUACAUGAUGCACACAAUUUCUUAGGAUCUGAGGAUCUCGAUUCCUUUCUUACUAUGGCAGAAAAGCAGAAGAUAAUAUUGCAUGAAAUUGAGGCUGUCAGAGCAACAGAGGAGGACCCUCAUAUACCUGGGUAUGAAAAUAUCAAGUUGUAUCCAGGGAAAAGUAUAAUUAAAAAGUACCAGAGUAGAAAUAUAUUGACAACAGUUUUCCCUAUUCAUGAUGAUGAAUAUUUGAAGAAGUUAGGAGCUGAAUGGUAUCAGAUGAAGCAUGCAUUUAAACAACAACCAAUAGAUAGAAUUCAGUAUUACUUUGGAGAUAAAAUAGCUCUUUAUUUUGCAUUCUUGGGAUUUUAUACAAUAGCCCUGCUUCCUCCUGCUAUGAUUGGCAUUAUUUAUUUUGUAACAUCAUGGGAGAGCAUGUACAGAGAAGCCAUUUUUUCUGUGUUCAAUUUGAUUUGGGCAACAUUGUUUUUGGAGGCAUGGAAACGAUACAAUGCAGAACUGUCUUUUAGAUGGGGGACUACUGACAUUGUAUCAUCAAAAUUUGAAGAGCCAAGAGCAAACUUUUAUGGAACAAUUGGUAGAAAUGUUGUCACAGGCAAACCAGAGCCAGUUUAUCCCAAAUGGAAACGUGUUGCAAGAUUCUAUGGUGUGACCGUACCUGUAGUUGCCUUUUGGCUAGUUGUUGCAUUUUAUGUGAUGUUGGGAUACUUCUUUUUACAAGCAUUAGCAGAUAAGAAGUAUGAAAAUGACAAAUCUUGGUUUAAUAUGGGUGUCUUAUAUCUCCCAACGGCAAUCUACGCAAUUAUCAUUGGAGUUGUGAACACUAUUUAUAGAAGUGUUGCCAAGAAACUGAAUGAUUGGGAAAACCACAGAUUACAGUCGUCUUAUGAUAACCAUUUCAUCAUCAAACUAAUUCUGUUUGACUUUGUGAAUUGUUUUAUAAGUUUGUUCUAUGUGGCAUUCUACCUACAAGAUAUGACUCUUCUCAGGAGUCAUUUGGCAGCUCUUUUGAUAACACAGCAAGUGAUUGGUCAGAUCAAAGAAGCCAUGGUUCCAUUUAUUUUCAUGCGCCGUAGGAAGAGACAGGUAGAUGAAUUACUAAAGAAAACAUCUACAGUAGAGAAGGUGGAAUAUUACAACAAUGAAGUAGAUGAUGGAUUACAGAAACAGGUCAAUUUAGAAACUACCAUGGAUGAAUAUGAGGGCACACUGGAUGACUACUUGGAGAUGUUCCUACAAUUUGGUUAUGUCUUCUUGUUCUCUUCUGCAUUCCCAUUGGCUGCUGUGUGGGCAUUGUUAAACAAUGUCACAGAAAUUAGAUCUGAUGCAUUUAAAAUGUGUAAAGUCUUUAGAAGACCAUUCUCUGAAACAGCCUCCAAUAUUGGUGCUUGGCAGCUAGCCUUUGAGUUGAUCAGUGUAAUGGCUGUUAUUACUAACUGUGCCUUGAUAGGGAUGAAUCCUGAAGUCAAGAAGUUACUACCCACUGAUAUUACACCAGUCAAUACUGUGCUUAUAUUUGUACUGGUUGAGCAUAUUAUAUUAGCUGUCAAGUUUGCAGUAGCCUACUUUAUACCAGAUACACCUAAAUGGGUCCAAGUAGAACUAGCAAGAGUGGCAUUUAAAUCCAAACAAGCUCUUCACAAAGAGAGAUUGGAUGCCUCAACAGCCAAAAGACUGAAAGUUCAGCAAAUGAUGUCCAAAGAUAUGGCAAAACAAACUUCUUUCUGAUGUUGUUUUGGGGUUUUCUUAAAACAAAAUUAUCAUCAAAUAGAUUAUAUCAGCGUUUUUAUCUAAUUUUAGUGUGCUUAAUAUAGUGCUCUAUAAAACAUCUUCUUAUAUUUUGAAAUUUGAAAAUAUAUAAGAAAGGUGAUGUUUUAUUUGUUAAAUUAAUGCUUUUUUGUACCUUUAUAGUUCUGUUUUGAAAACAUUCAAAAUGAGAGUGUACUAAAAUUGAGCCUACUUUUUAUACAAGCUAGAAACAAUACAUUAAUAUUUUAAGCCUUUCAAAGAAUGAGUCAGAGGUAUCUUCAGUCGUGUUUAACCUUUGUUCUGGAUUUGUUUUAAAUAAAGCUGCAACAAUUUAAUCAGUAAUCUACAAAUCUACAAAAAUUGGUAUCCAAUGACUCAGCAUGAACAUUAAUAAAUCCCCAGUAUUACAACUGCUAUUGAUAAUAUACCUCAGUAAACUGCUUAUGAUCAUUAUCUCAGUGUUCACCACUCAUUGUUACCAGUUUGGACCAAAGAUUCUUCUUGAAAAAAUAAACAUGUAUUUACUGUUUUGCUUAUGUUCUUUGGGUAUUUAUUACAUUUGAACAAACUAUGCUCUCUGUUUGAUUUGUGUUUAUGAAAUAUGUUGCAUUCUGAAUUGUGCUUUUGAAAAAUAAAAAUCAGGGUAAAUAGCAAACAGCAAAUCAGGAGAUAUUAUGAUCAUAAAUUUUCAUUUUGAAAGGCAUAUUCAUAAUUUUUUCGAAUAGCAUUCUUUUAUGAUAGCUCAUUUUUCAAUUUUAAAAAAAAUUAAAAACAGAAUAAUUCACUCAUCUAUAAGUAAUUUUUAUUACAGAUAUUCAUUUAGAGCUGGAAUUAUGAGUAUAGUCUUCCAUAGAUUAAUUAAAUAAAUGUAGCAUUGCAAAAAUGUCAAGUGACCAAAUGGAAAUGAGUACUAUGUUUUUGAAUUUAAUUUUAUGAAACAUAACUUAAAAACACUUUUUGGUUUGCAUAAGAGAAUUGCAUUUAACUUUGUUUUGGUACUCAAAACAUGUGAGAUAGUCCAAGACGCACCCUUACUGGAUAGAUGAUUCCAUUGGUAGCAUUGUAGUCUGCCAGAUCUCUACAUAUAAUGGCAUAUAAAUUUUCAAACAUCAUAUUAAGAAUAUAAGUUAAAUAUAGUGCCUAGAUAUCUGCUUUUAUUCUUUUAGUUAAUAAACUGUCAAGUCGACAUGUAUGUUAUAAUACUCAUUGAAGAUUAUUUUAUGCAUAUUUGAAUAAACUGUUUUGUACUUUCCUUUAAAUUAUGUAAAAACUAAUUAUACAUUUGUACUUUUUUAUUUUAACUUGCCUUGGCAUUAUCAUUUCUACUUGAUAGAUUGAUAGCUGAAAUGUGCAAUACAUGUUCAAACUUAGAAAUUAUUCGUCAUAAUAUUUGUGUUAGAUUUUAAGUUAUUUGCAUAUUGAUAUAUCUGUACAUAUUUUGCAUUAUAUGUUGGUUUAUUUUUAUAACUAGACAUUGCUUUGUACAUUUAAACAUCUACUCUCAUACUAAAAUUUCAAUUGACAUAAAAAAAAAUAAAAAAAGAAGGUAUAAAUAAGUGAUUUUCUGAUCCCUAGAUUUUCGUUGUUCUUUAUUGGUUUUGACAUUAAUCAUAACCUUUUAUUUCAAGUGUCAACAUGUAUUUGUUCCACCUUACAGAAUUUCCCAUAGAUCUAUAGAACCAUAGAAUACAUUUAUUAUGCAAAUACUGCAAAUACUGCAAUAUUCCUUCCAGUGGAACUAGUAUUAAAAAAUAUUCCUUCAACUUGGAAAUUGUAUUAUGAUUCAACUUGACAUUAGAACCACUGAUCAAAAACAAAAUAUUUGUCAGAACACUUUUUUGGCCCCUUCAAUUAGAAAAAGUAUGUUUGAUCUUCCUAAUUCUUUUAAUAGCAUCUUUCAGAUUUUCAUAAGACAUAAGUCUGUUGGACAUUGGUAUUUACAGUUUUGAGUUUAGUCAACAUUUAGUGCUUUAAACUUUUUUAUUGAUUGUUGUUUCUAGUUCUUUAAUCUGGUACUUUAUCAGGGUAAACAGCUGCAUAUCUGUAUUCCAAUGUUAACUAGCUUCUUUGUCUUCCAAGACAGGUGGGCGAGUGGUUAAAUCAAACUAAACCAACUAUAUAC